CAUGGGCAAUGGUGAGCACGAGCAAGCUCAGCAAUGAAGGCUGUUACUUCCUGUAGCAGCCAGUAGUAAGCAGCAGCAGCAGCAGCCUCUCUUCCUUCUCCACCAAGUUGAGUUCCAAUUCCACCAAAUCCCAAUCCCCCUUGGGUUCCUCUUCGGUUGCAGCUGCAGAUCGGUUCCAUCGAUCGGAGGAAGACAUCUCGAUCCAAUCCAUCCAUUUCACUCGUUGAAGAUGGCGACGGCAGAGGGAUCCACCAUGGAGGACGACCCCGACGGCGCCGCCGCCGCCGACUCCUCCUCCUUCGUGCUGCGCUCCGGCGUCCGCGCCGGCCUCAAGCGCGAAUUCGCCUUCGCCAUCGCCUCCCAGGCAGCACUCUCCGAGCCCCUCGGCCGCACCCGCCGCUCAUCCCGCACACUGCUCACCACCUCAUCGCCGCCUUCCGACGGACCCAAGCCCAAGCGCCCGCGCCCUGGCCCUAGCCUUGCAGAUCCUCCACCUCCCCCUCCCCCUCCCCCUCCCGAAGGAGAAACAGUCGAGCAGCCCGGCCCCGUGCUCGCCUUGAUGGCUGCUGACACCAGCUCUCAGCCGCCGCCGCCGCCGCCGCCGCCGCCGCUUUCCACUCCACCCCCGCAGGCCGACACCAACAUCGUCAUCCCGCCGGAGUCGCCGCCUAGGCGGAUCACGCGCUCCAUGCUCAACCACAAGCCUCCUACCGCAGCUCCUCCACCUCCUCACAAUGCCACUCCACUCAAGCCCAAACCCGAACCGCCCGAGGAAGAGGACGACAGCAAGCCCGGUCCAGCGCUCAGGCGCUUCACCAGAUCACUCCUGCUCAAGGAUAAGGACAGCAACGACGACGACCUCUCGGGCACCACCACCGCCAGCAAUGCCUCCUCCUCACCAUCACCCAACGCCACCACCAGCAUCAGCAGCAGCAAGCGGAAUACUACAAACAAGAUCCCCACCAACCUCAGGGAGCUUCUCGCCACCGGCCUGCUCGAAGGCCAGCCCGUCAAGUAUAUCAUGAGGAAAGGCAAGCGGGCAGUACUCCGGGGAGUUAUCAAACGUGCCGGCAUAUUGUGCGCUUGCUCUUCAUGCAAAGGUCGAAAAGUUGUUUCACCUUACUAUUUUGAGGUGCAUGCUGGGAGUACCAAAAAGCACCCAUCCGACUACAUUUUCCUGGAAAAUGGAAAUAACCUUCAUGAUGUGUUGAGGGCAUGCACAAAUGCUACCUUAGACAUGGUGGAGUCUGCAAUACAGAAGGCGAUAGGCCCAGCACCUCACAAGAGAACAUUCAGAUGCCAAACCUGCAAAAGUUCGUUCAGCACACUACGCAGUGGGAAAUUUGCUUUGUUUUGUGAUUCAUGUCUGGAGUCCAAGGGAGCUAAGAAUAGUACCAGGUCUUCAAAAGUUGCACGAGGUCCGACUUCAUCUGCCAAGGGAUAUAAAAGUGCAUCCCCAGGAGCAAAGUCUGCGAGUGUAGGAAGGCUUACAAGAAAGGAUAAGGGGUUGCAUAAGGUGGUUUUCAUGAGUGGUGUUUUACCAGAGGGCACUAAUGUCGGCUACUUUGUUGGCGGAAAGAGGUUACUGGAAGGAUAUAUAAAGGAACUUGGGAUCUACUGUCAUUGCUGCGACACAGUGGUUAGUCCUUCACAAUUUGAAGCUCAUGCUGGUCGAGCUGCUCGACGCAAACCGUACCACAACAUAUAUAUGUCAAAUGGUGUUUCGCUGCAUGAGCUGUCAAUUUCACUCUUAAAAGGUCAAAAGACAAACAGACAAAGUGAUGAUUUGUGCAGCAUUUGUUCAGAUGGUGGCCAGCUUCUCCUUUGUGAUACCUGUCCAAGAGCUUUUCACAGAGAAUGUGUUAGCUUGUUUGCUAACCCGAAGGGAACUUGGUGUUGCCGAUAUUGUGAGAAUAGACAACAGAGGGAAAGUUGUUUGGCAUAUAACAACAAUGCAAUAGCUGCUGGGAGGAUUGAAGGAGCUGACCCCUUGGCAGAAAUAUUCACACGGUCGAUACGUGUUGCUACAUCACUUGCGACUGGAUUUGGCGGUUGUGCACUGUGCAAGCUCCAUGAUUUCAGCAAAAAGAAAUUCAGUACCCGGACCGUGCUGCUUUGUGACCAAUGCGGUAGAGAAUAUCAUGUUGGUUGCCUCAAGGAACAUAACAUGGCUGAUCUAACGGCAUUGCCUGAGGGAGCAUGGUAUUGUUCCACCGACUGUGUGAGGAUUAACCAGAAACUGCAAGACUUACUUAACCGUGGAGGAGAACCUGUCCCUACCAUGGAUUUAGAUGUUAUCAAGAAGAAGCGAGAAGAGAAAGGUUUAGAUGAGGAUGCUGACCUUGAUGUUAGAUGGAGAGUUUUAAAGGAUAAGAGUUCAGAAGACAGCAAAUUAGUGCUCUCCAAAGCAGUUGCCAUUUUUCAUGAAACAUUCGAUCCCAUUAUUCAGAUAGCAACUGGCCGAGACCUCAUUCCAGCCAUGGUUUAUGGGAGGAGUGCAAGGGAUCAAGAUUACACAGGAAUGUAUUGUGCUGUGUUAACUGUGCGCAACACUGUAGUUUCUGCCGGUCUUUUCCGCAUCAUGGGUAGUGAAAUUGCUGAGCUGCCAUUGGUCGCUACAAGUAGGGAUAGCCAAGGCUUGGGGUAUUUCCAAGCGCUUUUCGCCUGCAUAGAACGACUGUUGGCAUCUUUGGAGGUGAAACAUUUUGUGCUACCAGCUGCAGAGGAAGCAGAGUCUAUCUGGACAGAGCGGUUUGGGUUCACAAAGAUAAGCCAGGAUGAGCUGCACGAAUACCUCAAGGGUGGGCGAACAACUGUGUUUCAGGGGACAUCAACCCUACACAAGCUGGUCCCACUCCCAGAACGGGAAUGCUAGUUCUGCUAAAAGGGUGGUAUUGGCAUUUUGAUCUAUUGUCAAGGAGAAGCCGGAAGAUUGUGUAAGAUACCUACCAAAGGGCAAAAGCAAAGGCAAAGGCAAAGCCGAGUGAAUUGCAGGCAACUUAUUGGGUGGCAUUUGGUAUGCGUGUUCGUGGGCCGCUGUGCUUGUGUUGAGUUAGUGUUCGUUUGGGCUGGAACAGGAUGGCGACUGCGGGUCAGAAGUGUCACUGGAGGUGACUCGGUUGUAUCUGCUGAUGUCUUUUUUGAUUUGUUAUUAUAGGAGAUAGUAGUGUGAUACCAGGCUGUUAGGAGGGGGGUGGAUUUGGGGAGGUCUCAAAUUCAACGUACAGCAUGAACAUGUGAUUCCCUUUUUGUUGGUCUGCCUCUGUCGCCGUAGAUCGUCUGUGUGGAUGCAAUGUAGCGCAGUUGUUGUAAUGUCUCUGUCCAAAGAAUGUAAAGCGUAUUUUGCUUCAUUAUGAUAAGUUAUUGAUCAUUAGUAUGUAACCUUUUUUUUA